CAAAUCCAUUUCCUACGGAUUUCGUGCGUUCUACGGCAUACGCAGUCACGGAAGAAUUCUACGUUCUUAAUUCUGAUUACGCGUUCGCCGUAGAACAUACAUCGUAGCCGUAAGAAAUGGAUUUGAUUCAUUUUGCUUAUGACUGCUACGAUCUACUGCUACUGCUAUUGUAGACAGUCCUUUAGAGAAUCCCGCUACUGGUGUUGGUGUUAUGCUGAGUGUCACAUGCUAUCCUCUUUAUGUUUUUUUAUCUGCCAUGCAGAAAAUUAUCAAUUUCGCGAGACUUAUAAAUUGCUAUCGCAAUAACAAGUCAUUCAGUCGACGUUCAUCGAUAUUCAACGAAAUCAACAUCAACGACAUCAAGUCUUUUAUCGAUCAUGGCUUCAAAUGGAGUGCCUGAAACUAGAGGUUUUGCUACCAAAGCUAUUCAUGCAGGACAAAAUCCAUUACAGUGGAAUCAUGGUUCACUUGUGACACCUUUGGUAAUGUCCACAACAUUUCAGCAGGAUAGUCCAGGUCAGCAUAGGGGCUACGAUUAUGGUAGAUCUGGCAAUCCAACACGUGAUGUGCUAGAGACAUGCCUGGCUGCUCUCGAAGAGGGGAAACAUGGUAUUACCUAUUCAUCUGGUUUAGGUGCAGUAACUGGAAUUACUUCUUUAUUGCAAAAAGGAGAUCAUCUUGUCGCUGGAGAUAAUCUUUAUCAUGGAACUAGCAAUUAUAUUGAAAAAUGUUUAAGCAAUCAUGGUAUCACAUAUUCCCUUGUAGAUGUGACUAAAGUAGAGAAUGUUAUAAGUGCAAUACAACCAAAUACAAAGAUGAUAUGGUUGGAAUCACCAACAAAUCCUUUAUUGAAACUUGGAGACAUUAAAGCUAUUGCUGAUAGCUUAAAGUCUCGUCGUCCAGAUAUUAUUCUAGUCAUCGAUAAUACAUUCUUGACACCCUAUUUUCAGAAGCCACUUGAACUUGGUGCUGAUAUAUCUAUGUAUUCGCUAACAAAAUAUAUGAAUGGCCAUUCAGACAUCACUAUGGGAGCUGCAAUUACGCGCCGAGAUGAUCUCGCGGAAAAGUUACGAUUCUUUCAAAACGCUGUGGGUAUUGUUCCAUCGCCCUUUGACUGCUCUAUGGUCAUCCGCAGCUUGAAAACACUCGAACUUAGAAUGCAACAACACAUGAAAAACGCCUUGGCAAUAGCAAAAUUCCUGGAGUCUCAUCCUUGCGUCGAGCGAGUGUUUCAUCCUUAUCUCCCGUCGCAUCCACAGCAUGAGUUGGCGCUCAAACAAACAACUGGACACAGCGGUAUGAUUUCCUUCUAUUUGAAAGGUGAUACAGAAAAGUUUUUAAAAGCAUUAAAGGUCUUCACUUUAGCCGACUCAUUAGGAGGAUAUGAGUCGGUGAUUAAAUUACCAUACAGUAUGCCGCCUGCAUCUCUACCCGAAGAUGUGCUAAUUGCAUUAGGUAUAACAGAUAAAUUGAUUCGAUUAUCUGUCGGUAUCGAAACGGAACAGGAUGUCGUAGCCGAUAUCAAACAAGCGUUAGCUGCUUGUGAAUAAAUUAACAAACGUAAUUGAAUAACUAUAAUAAUGUAUAUAUAUUCUAAUUUGUAUAUACUAAUUUUGAUAAUGUAGAAUGGAUGUAUAGACCUUUACACAUACAUUGUCAUAGAUUUUUAUAUGCAAAUACUUGCUACGCGUUUUAUAGAUUAAGUUAGGUUAUUGAACUGUAUCGCGGUUCGACAUAUCAAGCAAUCAAGCGAAUCGGCAAGGAUUAUUCGACUAAAUAAAUCGUGCACAAUAAUAGGCAA